CGAGGCAGCUGCCCUCCUUCCCUCCCCAGGAAGCCGCCUCCGCCUCCGCAUCGCCCGAGCCUUAGCAGCCAGCCAGCCAACCUUCCUCCUUCUCCUUCUGGAUGGGUCGAUGAUCGCCCAGCCUGGCCCCAGCCAUGGCUGCUGCUGCGGCGGCUGCAGCCUCGUCCAAGGCAGAGCUCUACAGCAAAGUCACCCCGCGAAGGAGCCGACAGCAACAGCAGCAGCAGCAGCCAACAACGCCAGCAGCAGCAGCAGCGCCUCUGCCUUCGCAGCAGCAGCAGCAUCCGAACCCGCAUCCCCGGAGCGGCACCUUCAAGCACGGCUCUGCCCUCGACAUCCUCCUCUCCAUGGGCUUCCCCAAAGCACGAGCGCAGAAGGCCCUUGCAUCCACUGGUGGUCGAAGUGUCCAAGCAGCAUGUGACUGGCUGUUUUCCCACGUCUGUGACCCUUUCCUUGAUGACCCCUUGCCUCGAGAGUAUGUCCUCUACCUGCGCCCUACUGGUCCCUUAGCACAGAAGCUCUCCGAAUUCUGGCAGCACUCAAAGCAGCUGUGCGGGAAGAACAAAGCACACAACAUCUUCCCCCACAUCACACUCUGCCAGUUCUUUAUGUGUGAAGACAGCAAAGUCGACUCCCUUUGUGAAGCUCUGCAUGCCACAGUGACGCGGUGGAGGUGUAUGUUCCCUACCCCUUUGCCCCUGGAGCUCUACACAUCCUCCAACUUCAUUGGGCUCUUCGUCAAGGAGGAAAGUGCAGAAAUCCUUAAGAAGUUUGCAGCAGACUUUGCUGCGGAAGCCACCUCCAAAGCUGAUGUCCAUGUGGAGCCCCAUAAGAAGCAGCUCCAUGUGACGCUGGCUUACCACUUCCAAGCAAGCCACUUGCCCACGCUCGAGAAGCUAGCUCAGAGCAUAGACGUCAAGCUGGGUUGUGACUGGGUGGCUACAAUAUUCUCCCGCGAUAUUAGAUUUUCCAAUCAUGAGACCCUGCAAGUGAUCUACCCAUACAUGCCACAGAAUGAUGAUGAGCUUGAGCUUGUGCCAGGGGAUUUCAUCUUCAUGUCUCCUGUGGAGCAAAUUACCACCAGUGAAGGAUGGAUUUAUGGUACUUCCUUUGCAACGGGAUGCUCGGGAUUGCUACCUGAAAAUUACAUCACCAAAGCGGAUGAGUGCAGCACUUGGGUAUUCCAUGGGUCAUAUUCUAUUCUGAACCCCACUUCUUCCUCUUCCCUUCUGAUGUUCACUGAUGGGGUGAUGGAUCGAAGACUACAGGAAGAUCAGGGGCCAGGAGAUACUGGACCACUCACUGUCUUUUGUCAGAGUAUGCAGCCUUUAAGGAUUACCAACCCACCAGGGCCUCAGAAAAGAUGCCUUUUUGUUUGCCGCCACGGAGAACGGAUGGACGUCGUAUUUGGAAAAUACUGGCUUUCGCAGUGUUUUGAUACCAAAGGAAGGUAUGUGCGCACAAACUUGAACAUGCCUCACAGCCUACCUCAAAGAAGUGGCGGAUUCAGGGAUUAUGAAAAGGAUGCCCCCAUCACCGUGUUUGGAUGCACACAAGCAAGGCUUGUUGGUAAGCCUGCCUUGGCAGGGACGGGUCCCUGCUUGUUCUCCCAUGAAUCAUCUUUCCAAAGGAGGUCAAACAUGCGGAAGUUAUCACUUAACAUCUUGGGAAGCCUUGCGCUUGAGUUCAUUUUGCUCCCUUCAUGGAUGGGUGCCUGUUGCCCAGUGGCAAAAAUAAGAUUUCUGCAAAUAUUUCUCUGCGUACAACAGGUAGCAACAAUUGGAAACAAGUAAAAACAGCUCAUCAUUAACUUUAAAAAACAAAACUAAAACUAGUGAAGUAGCAUGCUGUUUACUUCAAGCCUCAAAAAAUGCUUGCUUUGUGUUACAACUCUUCUAGAAGCUCAGUGGCUUCUGGUAUAAAGCAGAGAUGGGAAAAGUGUGUAGACACCCCUACACACUUCCCUUCUCAGCCUUAAAAGGGGUCUGCAAGCAUUCCACAUAUUAUUGUAUUGCAUUAUUCACUACAGAUAUGGAGCUGCAACCUGGCCCUGAAAGGGUUUUUCCAGCCUUUUCUCACUAUCCUCCUAGUGCUGGUGCUGCUAAAAAUAAUUCCAGCUAGACAGGAGAAGGAGAAAAGGGCAACUAGGGGCCAUAGAAAGAGCUUCUUUGCCCCAUGCAUUGGUAAUUGUGGUAUAUCUCCAUUGCUAUUUAAACAUUUGGUGGGAAACUUGCCCUCCUGUAAGCCUAUGAGGGGACAAGCCUAUUUAAAGUUACGUAAGGCAGGCUUUUUUAGGACUGAAAGAGACUUUCUUAAAAAAAACCCAAAAUUGGAAAUGACUAGAAAAACUCCAGGAAACUAGUCAUUUCCAAUUUCUGAUCUAUUUAUAUGGUUAGUUUUGCCCUUAGAGAUUUCUGGGAGCCAGUGGCAUUGCGGUAGUUGUCCCUUGGCCUGCCAAAGUCCAGCAAAAAUGACCCUCCGGCAUUGCCCCCCUCUGAGUCAAAAGAAGGACCUUCUUACCAGAGGAAAAGGUUUCUUUAAAUGCCACCAAAUUGAAAAAUACAUCAAGGCCAAGCCUGAGGAUCCAUUUUGGACUGGGGUUUGCAGACUUGAAACCAUAAAUGUGGGGGACUCACAAGGUUCCAGUGCUUGGUGCUCACACAUUUACAACGCCCAAAUCCUUGAGUCUUACAAUUCGAACAGAACAUUACACCCUCUGAGUUCUUCUUCGUUUCAGGCUCAGAUUUUAAUCUAAGCUGGAGGAAUUAAAAAUAUAUAACCAUUCCUUCCUGCCUCCCUCCUACACACUUCAAACUGUGAUCUUCCUCUGCUGUCAGCGAUCAGCCGGUAAGGCACAGAUUUUUUGUACUGGCUCUGGCCCAAAUUUUCAAGGAUGGGGAUGGUGAGAUGGAAAAAUCAAGUCCAUUAAAAAUGUAGUAUGCUUUCUUGCAAAAUGCCUGACUUAUUUAGUAACAGCAGCCACUGUAGGAAAUAGAUGGCAGGCCUUAGAUUGCUGGGUGUCUGUGUGAUGAAUUGAUUUAAGUGUCAGCGUGUGCUAUGAUUUGCAUAAAAUCUGCAUCAACCAUUUUGGCUUCCAGGGCUCGGCUGGUGGCAUUGCCGCCCUUCUGCAAUGCCAUUUGUGCAAGACCAGACGCAGCAGUUGUCAUGAUGGGUUUGGAGGCAGUGACUUCAACUGUGAUCUCCAUUUGCACAUACUGUGGGUUCAGCAGUGAAAAAACAUUUGGCUGCAAAUCCAUCUCACUGCCGCUGCUGCGACAAACUGAUCUGAGCACAUAUUUUUGAAAACAAAAGCUACCAGGAAAGUCAGUGAGACAAUAUGAUUCCCAAAGUGCUCUCUAAGAGACCGGCAUCCCUUUCACACUACAGAAAUUUAGUACUGUACUUUGAUACCACUGCAACUGCAAUGGCUGCAUCAUUUUGUGUUCUUUGCAUGUGAACAACAAAUUUGCUGCAGCUUGUGUGUGGCAGCUCUUCAGCUGACUGAAGCUGGAGAUGACUUUGCCUCUUCUCCAAGCUAAGCCUCCUUCAUGUAAUGUUUUGGUUUUUAAUUAUGAAAUCCAUACAGAAAAAUCGUUGUCUGGAAACACAAAUCCAGCUCUCCUUCUAUCCCAAUCUGGCUCUCAAGGCUUCUCCAGGUACUCAUGUCCCAUGCUCCAGGGUACCUUCAGCUGGUAGUGCCCCCCCCCCCCAGGGUUGAAAAUGCUCUCUUUUAUUUCUUUUUAUGUAUUUCAAUGAUUUAUAUCCUGCCUUUCUCCCACAGUGGGAUUCAUUUUAAGACUUAGGCCCCUUUCAGAGGGCAGCCUGAUAGGUAUAUCCAUACUGCAGAAAUAAUGUUGUUUGGUACAGUUUUAAGUGCUAUUACUAUCCUACGGAAUCCUGGGAUUUUUAGUCUGGUGGGGCACCAGAGCUCCCUGAAUUUCUCACCAAACUACAAAUCCCAGGAUUCCACAGGAUGGCACCAUCACAGUUAAAGUGGUGUCAAGCUGCUUUAUUUCUGUUGUGUGGAAGAGCUAUAUAACUGCCACAACUGCAUCCUAUGGAACCCUAGUUUGGUUAGGCAUGAGGGCGGCGGUCUCACAAGGAAAUCUAAGCACCUCAUGAAACUACAAAUCCCAGGUUCCAUAGGAUGGAGCCAUGGGAGUUAAAGAGGAAUCAAAGUGUUGUAAGUGUGCAGUGUGGAAAAAGAAAACUUUCCUUAUUAGCUGUAAAAGCUUUAGGCUACAAUUGUUUUAUAUUUUUGCCUCGCUCUCUGCUGGAACGUAGCCCACGCAAUCUCCUCUGGGACUGAAUGAGGGCCUAGGGCACAAAAGGCUGGAUACCCUUGAUCUAGCAAGUAUAGUCUCUUCUGACUUGCAGUAGUUCUCUGGCAAAGAUCUUCUGCAUUAUUUGUGCCCUUGUUCCUUGAACUAGAGAUACCAAAGAUUGGGCCUGAGGUCAUUGGUCUGCAGAAUGUUUUCAAUGAAAUACCAUUCUUUUUUUACUACAACACCAGCAAGUCCGUGCAUUUCAUGCAAUUUCUAUUCUUGCUCUCUAAUUAAAAUUCUAAUUCACCUAUUAUUGUCUUCCUUAAUUUGUACUGAUGGGUACAAAUAUUAAUUAACAAUUACCAAAUUAAUUAAAUUCCCCUUUGCUUACAAUUUUCUAAGCCUAACUACUUGUUCGCAUUACUUUGAGUAUACCUUUUUUCUUAGCCUCUUUUUCCAAGUCAUGCUUAAACUGUCUAAGUCAAAUAUAUACAUGAUUCUCCUUGGUUUCUUUUUAAAGAGUAACAGAGGGUAAAAAAGGGGGGGAAAAUCAAACAAGACCAUUGUUUUCAAAAAGACGUAGUUUCCAAACCUUCCAUUUUCCUCUUUUUCUAACUUAGUUGAUAAAUCUGCCAAGUAACUUUUCCAGUUCAUAAAAUGCUUUUCCAUUGAUUCUAUAAAAAUUGAUAGAAAUUGUCCCAAUGUUGGAGAACAUGAUCUUCCAUUUUGUCUUUCAUCCAACACGUUAAUUUGUCCAUUUCAGCCAAAUGAUCUUAUUAAUUUGUCCAUUUCAGAAAUCUCAUAUAUCUUGAUUAGCCAUUGUUCUGUUGACGGUGCCUUUGAAUUUUUCCAAAACUUUGCGUAGAUUAUUCUUGCACAUGUUAAAGCAUAGAAUAAAAAUUUACCAUUUUGUUUAAUAAGAUCAUUGCAGAUCAUACCUAACAAAAAGACCUCUGGCUUGAAAGGAAUUUGGAUUUUCAUAUCUACAUUUAAACAUAUAUGAAUGUUAACCCAAAACUGCUUUGCUAUUUUGCAUGACCACCACAAAUGGAAAAACGAUCCAAUUUUUUCCUGGCACUUCCAACAAAUGGGAUUUGUAUUUUUAUAUAUAUAGGAUAGUUUUUUAGGGAAUAUGUGCCACCUGUAUAUCAUUUUGUAGACAUUUUCUUUUAGUUCCUUUUAGUUAGGUCGUAUUUUUUAGGCCCUUCGUCCAAACUUUGACCCAUUCUUCA